AUGAGCACAGGUCUUCUUUUACUUUUUCUUCCGUCUCGAUACCGUGAGCAAACUUUCCCAGCUCGAUACCGUGAGCAAACUUUACCAGCUCGAUACCGUGAGCAAACUUUACCAGCUCGAUACCGUGAGCAAACUUUCCCAGCUCGAUACCGUGAUCAAACUUUCCCAGCUCGAUACCGUGAGCAAACUUUCCCAGCUCGAUACCGUGAGCAAACUUUCCCAGCUCGAUACCGUGAGCAAACUUUCCCAGCUCGAUACCGUGAGCUCGAUCCCACCGAUACCGUGAUCAAACUUUCCCAGCUCGAUACCGUGAGCAAACUUUCCCAGCUCGAUACCGUGAGCAAACUUUGCCAGCUCGAUACCGUGAGCAAACUUUCCCAGCUCGAUACCGUGAUCAAACUUUCCCAGCUCGAUACCGUGAGCAAACUUUCCCAGCUCGACUCAAUACCGUGA